CGUUACUCAGUCGGAGGCGGGUUUAAGCUUCAAUUGAAAUGAACUGUUAAAUGAAUUUUUGUUUAGCGCCGGUCCGCUCAAACCGCAGGUGGUCCACGUGAAUGGGAGCCUCUGUUACCUGCGUGCCCGCGUCGCUUUAGGCCGCUCCUUUUCAAGUUUUCCUUGCCAGUUCAUCUUCUCGCAGCCUCACAGGUUUCGCGUUGCGAUCGGAGAGGAGAGGAGGGCGGGGCUCUUCCGUUCAUUUCUCAGGUUUCGCCUCCGGAUGAAUUAUUUAGAUAAGGGGACGCCUCGGUUUGCCGUAACGUCUUCAACUUCUCGGCUUCUCGCAUAUUCACCUUCACGAUGCCUCCUACGUCGGUGCGGCACAACUUCGCCGUCGGCGCGGACUUCAUUGGGUACCUGGAGGAGGUCGGCAAAGCCACGUCGACUCACCGGGACGAGCUGAAAGAGACUUACAACGAGGAGUUCCGAUACAGAGAUGGAAACCGCCACCCCAAUUUUUCAUGCGUUUUAUACGCUCUGCUGAAAUACAACAAAGUGAAAAUGAGAAGGGAUGUGGUCGUCUUCAAUCCAGAGUUUACCACUUAUUUUGGAGACCAGUGGAGGAGACCACGUGCCAAGAUGCCAACCAGUGCGACAGCAAAUGGACCGAGCCUCGCCUUGAAUGUGCCCAGCCAGAGCAUUCCGAUCACCCCAGGCAUGGGGAAGCGGAGGAGAGCGAAGGCCAUUGUGCAGCAGCUGAAGAGGGACAGGUCCAAAGUUGUAGCGAGUGCAGAAGGGAUUGAGGUGAACUCGGACCAUGACGUGUCAGAUGGCAGAAUCAAAUUUGAGUUUCUCCCCGGAAAAGCGUGCAGCUUCAAUUUGUAUGUGCAGAAUAAAGGAUCGAAGACGGUGACUUUCAGCCUUUAUGAGCCACUCCGCAAAAUCCAUGGCUUUACCUUCCAAGACCCGCAAGGAGUAUCGAGAAGCCAUCCACUUCUGCUGCAUGAAGAUGGCUCCUAUGAGAUCCAAGUUAACUUUUCUUCAAACUUCUAUGGCUACUACCCCAUCACUGUGGUCUUCGAGUUCAGCUCCUCCUCCAGCGGGACUGAGGAGACCUUCUAUCUCGUCCGCUGGAUCGCAGGGAUCGGCCGUAGCCAACUUGCUAAGGAGCUGGCCCCCAAAGCCCCGUAUCGACCAUACCAAGAGGUGACCCGCAAGCCGCUCACAUUCACCCUGGAGGAUGGCGUGCCACCCGAGAGAAAUGCACCUGAUGGCUUGAAACUGGUUGUCUCUUUAGCAGACUACAAAUACUCUGAUACAUUAAAGAAGUUAGUGACUCAUGGUCUGGAAAAUCGCAAUCCUGUGAAAUCAGAUCUUCAGGAUGAAAUGGCAAAAGUGAGGGAGCUGCUUAAUGCCACCUUAACCAUGGAAAAUUAUGGAGCGCGCUUCCAGCUCCUCCUGCACCUAGAAGAGAUCCAGAUGGAGGUGGACAUCCGGAAGUACGACAUGAGGAACGCCCCAAUGGUGCGAGAUAGAUGGAAAAAGAAUUUACUCGUUCUUAAUGUCCCCGGCGUGGCUGAACACAGACCAUCAGUCCUCAGAGGAGACCACCUGCUGGCGAGCCUGAGUGAGGAGAGCAAGUUUGAAGUCCUCACUCAGUACAAGGGUUAUGUGCACACAGUGGAACUGGAAAAGGUCAAACUGGGCUUCUCACAGAAACUCCUGAAUAAAUUUGUGGACAACAUGAAGUUCGACGUGACCUUCACCUUCAACAGGCUGCCUCUCAGGCUACAGCACAGGACAGUUUCAAGUGCCAGGGGGCUCAAUCUCCGUGAUGUCCUCAUGCCGUCCGUCUCCUACUCCCAGGGGAACAAAAUUGGAAAGCUCAGCCUCUAUGACAAGAAUCUGGAGAAGAACCCCGAGCAGGUGACAGCAGUGAACGCCAUUGUGUCCGGCACGUCCAGACCUGCUCCUUAUCUGGUGUUUGGACCUCCUGGAACUGGCAAGACCGUCACCAUUGUGGAGGCAAUCAAGCAGGUGAUCAAAUGCCUGCCAGGUUCCCACAUUCUGGCCUGCGCCCCAUCCAACAGUGCGUCGGACCUCCUGUGCGAGCGGCUCCUGAAACACAUCGAUACGCGGGACAUCUACAGGAUGAAUGCCAGAAGCAGGGACCCUAAGACAAUCCCGGCUGUCAUCAAGCCCUGUUGUAACUGGGAUGACGACCAGGAGUGUUAUGUGUAUCCUUACAAGGAGGAGCUGAUGCACUUCAGAGUCAUUAUCACCACCUUACUAACUGCGGGCAGGUUGGUAUCGGGCGGCAUUCCCUCUGGGCACUUCACACACAUUUUCAUCGAUGAAGCUGGACACGCCAUCGAGUCUGAAUGCAUAAUUCCAGUUGCAGGACUCUUGAGUUUGCCUGAUCCCAUAAAGAACACCGGAACACAGCUGGUUUUAGCCGGAGAUCCAAAACAGUUGGGACCCAUCCUCAGGUCUCCAGUAGCCAUCAAGCACGGCUUGAAUGUGUCCUUGCUGGAGAGGUUAAUGACCCAGAACAGCCUGUAUCAGAAGACCGGGGAACACGGGACUUACAACAGUCAGUUUGUGACAAAACUUCUCCGCAACUACAGGUCACAUCCAGACAUCCUCAAUAUCCCCAAUGGGCUCUUCUAUGAAGAUGAGUUGCAAGUGUGUGCAGAUGAGAUCAUCAGGAAUUCCUACUGCAACUGGGAACAUCUCCCAAAACCGGGUUUUCCCGUCAUCUUCAAAGGGGUAAUGGGGCAGGACGAAAGGGAGGAGAACAGCCCCUCGUUCUUCAAUGUUGCUGAAAUUGAGGAAGUUGUCACAUAUCUGAAGAAGAUUCUGCAAACCCAGGGCAAGAAAGGGAUCUCCCAAAUCUCUCCAAAGGAGAUCGGUAUCAUCACUCCAUACAGGAAGCAGGUGGAGAAGAUACGCACAGCCAUAAGAACUAUUGACAAGGAGCUGAAGAAUAUGAAGGACAUCCAGGAAUUAAAGAUUGGGUCAGUGGAGGAGUUCCAAGGACAGGAGCGGAAGGUCAUCAUCGUCUCGACUGUCCGUAGCUGCCAGGAUUACGUCAGAAUGGACGAGGAAUUCAAUCUCGGCUUCCUGAACAACCCCAAGAGAUUCAAUGUUACUGUGACUCGGGCCAAGGCUUUGCUGAUCCUUGUGGGUAACCCGCUGAUCCUCAGCAAGGACCCUACCUGGGCAAGGUUUAUAAAGUACAGCAUUGAGCACAUGGGAUACGUGGGCUGUAAAUUUGAGAUGGAGGACAGCGAGGAUGAUCUCAUUGAGCAGCUCGUCAGCCUUAAACUGACCCCUGAACUGCAAGAUUUCCCAGAAGAUGGCGGCUCACUUAAGCAAGUGGAGCUCGAAUGGAGGAGUGACAUGUGAUUGGCGGACAUCGCAGCGCAGAUUUUAAUGCCUGAAAAUGAGAAGAAAGUGAGGCUCGGCUGCUCACUUUGUAUAAAUUGGAAAGAAGAGCAAAAAGUGCCUUUCCUAGUAAUAUCAGGCAGAAUAAAAAGAGAGAAAUAUUAAUAUCAGGCAGAAAAAAGAAGAAAUUUAAAAAAUGUUUUGGAAAACCUCCUUGACUUUUCUGACUGACAGAGAAAGUUCAAUGUGGAUCUGCCAGAUUUUUUUUUUUUUUUUGUACUUGUCUUCUGCUUUUAUAUCGUUGCCUUUUAGGAAAUAAAAUUAGCUUUACUAGUUUUCAGGAAAGAUAAAAAAAACAAAAACAGCGCCACCUGCAGGCUGGGAGGUCAUUACUUGAAUGCAAACCAAUUCAAUGUGAUAUAAGGCUGAGAGAAGGUCUAAACAUUAGCAAAGGGGCAGGCAAAUAAGAAGGAAAAUAUAAAACCUUGUGCCUUAAUUAAUAAAAAAUUAUAAUGAUAUGCAUCAACUGGUGCAAGUUGCACAGUUGGACUGUUUUUAAGCUGAGAAAGACACAGCAACAGUCCCAAAUAGAAGAAUGAUAAUUAAGCCCAGCAGGCUGUGUUUAUUUUAGAUAUAAAAAUAAAAUUGGAAAAUUUGAAAUUCUCUCCCAUCACAUUCCUAAACACACUUCCAUCAAAUGUAGGGGUCUGCAGUGUAUGCUGGCAGUUGUGAGUAAAAGGCAAGAAACGGCCGUCGAGAGGUGCCAGCCCACCUCGGGCCCCACUCACUCUCCCAUGGGGCCAGUUUGGACUCGCCGAGACACCUAACAUGCAUGUUGUUAGUUAAUCGGGAUGAAAAUCGGGAAAACACUGAGUGGGAAUUCCGUGCUUGAAGUGGGAAGAGUACACAAAUUCCGUACGGGCAGUGACCAGGUGUAGGAUUUAAAUUCGGGCUGUUGGAUUCUUUAGGGGCUUUAAAUUUGGUGUAAAAGCACUCAAAACAAAGCUAUAAAUUACAAGUUUUUGGGAAUUUGAAACAAAAACUCGCUCAGAAUUGCAAUGAAUUGUCAGGGGGCUACGGGGCUUUCUAUGGUUUCUACAACUGUUCUCCUUCUGUGGCGUGAUAGACGCCCUUAUUACAAAAACAGACGUGGCAGUGCACAGGCUUGAAUUUAUUAUGGGAUUUCUGAAACCAUCACCAGGACAGAAUUACACAUACGGGGUGAAAAGUAUCCAUACGGCACCCCUAAAAGGUGGUGUGGAGGGUCCCUUAGCAUAUUUCGCCUCAAUCGGAAGUGUCUGGUUGGAUAUUUGACCACCUGUCCUCUGAUUUUUUAAUAUGUGCAGUCCAUCGAUUGUUAACUGGGUGGUUGCGGUCAGCGCUUUGAGAAGACCAUCCCAAACCCUUGAUGUUGGCCCGAUCAAGCCAUUCCUAAACCAGCUCUUUUUACUUUCCGUCCUGUUGGAACACCCAGUUGUGUCCGCACUUCAGCCAUCUACCUGGUCUGAGGUCCUGCUGAAGAAUUCUGAGGUUUAGUCCUCCUCCUCCUCUUUCUCUUUCCUGAUUCUGUCCACUCUGUCCAAUGCACCAGCUCCACUUCCAGCCAGAUCUUGACAUUGCCACCACUCGGCACGGGUGUUCUUGAGGUUGAAUGUCUCACCUUUUCUCCUCUAAACAGCCUUCUGGUCGUCGUGUCCUAAAUUACUCCCUUUGCCUCAUUUGACUAUAAACAAUGGUCGUUCCUGCAGAAGUUUUUUUGGCUUUGCCUACGUGAUCCAACAGGGUGUUACUUCAGACCGCAGUUCCUAUGAGGUCAGUCAUGCAGUGCCCCAACAUCACAAAACGCCCUCAACAUCAGUCGCAUAACACUCAUCGCAUUAGACUAUGAUUAGCAUUAGGGCCCCGUUGCGCUGUGGUUACGAUUAGGGUUAUCCGAGUCAAAUUGUGGAAUUUACAGCUGUUCAAGAGACAUUCCUGACUAAAUCUAUGGAUCCUCUUCCUUGCAUCUACACCAAGCUCCUUGAACUCUUCCAUUAACCACUUAUGGCAGACUUGUUCUUGACUUUUGUGUUGGUCAGUUCAAUGAGUGGUCAAAGGAGCAAAACCGAGAAGCUACCACCAUUUGGAGUCAAUCAUGAGGCACCAAAGCUGGAAAACACAUUUUGGAGCUUUCAGCACCACUUAAUACAUUUGUAGUUCUGGCCCUCCAAGUGGAAUUUUGAUCCUUUGAUGGUUUCAGAAAAUCUACAAUUUGUGUGCCCGAGAUAUUUUGUAUAUGUGUGUGCAAUAAUGAUGUAUGUAGUACACAUAUUCUAAAAAAGUCGUAGAAAUCAUCGAGAGCCCACUACCUCCCUGACGUUCGUGUCUGUUAGAUGAGUGGAUGGAAACUUUUCAACACAACCGUUAGUGUAUAGAGCCAAGUGUCGCAAAAUAACUUCAAGUCGAGCAUUGGAAGCUCCCUAAAGUCCUGGCAUAGUUUCUUAAACCCAGGGGGUCCAGGUCAUUGGUUUCAACCUUUUGGGGUCAGAGAGGUUUAGGGACUCACCGUUGUAUACAAUAGGAAAAGUGUCACAUGAUGGGUUGCCACGGCAGUUUAAGCAAUUCGACAUUGCUACGCUCUGUAUGGUGCAAUUCUCCAAGGGGGGAAUCCCCUCUAGAUUUGAUGGUCAUCAUGGAGUGGGUCUAGAAGAGACUUAAGAAGGAAAAAAAAAGUUUUUAACACUGGUCUACUGCAUUACUCCAAAACUUAACUGGUCAAUGGCUGUAACUGUGAUGAAAAACUUUCUAGCAUUUGUGCAAAAUUUGCCCUUCAUGAGUUUCGAAGCGCAUCCUCGUGGUUGUCCUCUACUAAUUCCCAGCAACUUCAAUCACGUAAUCUCAAUUUCUGUUUGUGUGAUAAUGGAAACAGAUGAGUGUCGUUUUGCAUAGUUUCAUGAAUUGCCCAUAAAACAUUUUUCUGAUUGUAAUUUUGUAACUUGCAAAACUCACUAAACUGUGCAUUUUGAUAGUGGACUGCAUUUAUUUUGGGGUGGUAGCUAAGAAGUAGUGCUCUGUAGGUUUUAUUCCAUGAUUGGAGCUGCUUUAUUCUUCCUCAGUCACUCUCCAGUACCAUUUAGACCUUGUACCGAUCCUUCCACGCAUUCGCACUUGCUUUGUGCACUGCUUCCUGCCAUCGACUCCUGCUCGCAGCGCUUAUUUAGAGUCAGAUGUAACUUCAUCUGUGCUGAUGGGAAAUUUCCCAACUCUGUAAAAUGAUCCAAACCAGGAUACUUCUGGAGACUCACCUGAGGCCGCUCACCCAAGUCGAUGGAUUUAAGCAGCAGUGAAGUGUUUGCAGGUAAGCGCGCUCUAUCUGCUCCCAUCUUUGUCAUGAAAGAAAACAUUUGUUUCACAUGCUCCCGAGGCGAGUUGUGUGCGCGUGCAAGUAAAAUGUCAGGAGCACAAGAAUGUUUCCCACGAGUACGCAAAUAUAUCUCGUGAAUGCAGGAAACUUUCUCGUGCGCAUGCAAGUUUAUUUUGUAAGCACACACAAAUUUUCUCAUUUGCACAUAAAACAGUCUCACGAGCAUGGGAUAGUUUUGUGUGUUAGCAGGUCUCACAUAAGUGUUACGUUUGCUGUUGCCAUCUCCCUGUAUUGUUCGUCUGUUUGUCUUGACUGUUGAUGUACCCAAAAGAGAAAGUGAGAUCUGCACCUUUAAGGGAGAAUCGGUACUGUAGAUGUUAGAUGUCGGAUAAAAGCAACAGGAAGCCACCUGCAAAGAUGGAUGCUCAAAUCCAGCAAGCACGGUGGAGAGAGAAAUUUUUGCGGUCAGGAAAACACAAACUACCCGUGAUGGGAAGCCUGUUUCGCACCACCCAGAGAGGAAAGUGCAGAAGAGCUGAUAGGACUGAAAUGUGUUUGCUUUUUAAAUCUGGGAAGCUUCCCCAUCUCCCGAAUGACUUUGAGCUAAGCUUUUUUGGAACUGACCUCGUAGAUCAGCUAUUGGGAUUUACGCAUUGGACUGCCAUUGUUGUUUGCGUUGUUCACGGUGCGUCAUGCUUGUAUUGUGUUUGUAAACUGGGCACUCGUGCGUUGUUACUGAGUUUUGUGGCUUGAUUUCUACCAAAUAUGUUAUUACCACAUUCAUCAUAAAUUUAAUUUACAAGUGUGGUGCCUGGUUAAUUUUGGGGAAAGGGGAAAUUAGGGUAGCGAUUCCACCAUAGAAGGGGAUCGGUAUGUGUGUGCGCAAAGAAAGUGUCAAAUGUCGCGAGCACACACAAGUUUCUAGUGCACAUGUAAAUAAAUCCUGUAGAACUUUCUUACGUGUACGUGAAACUCUCCCAUGAGUACGGGAUAUUUUCUUUUGCCAAAAAAAAUCUUGUGUCCCUUCACAGGCUCUGUAUUUUCACACACUUGACAAGCAUACAAUUUUUUGCCAUACGUUUGCAGACGGAGAUGAGAUGAAGGUAUGUGCGUUGAUGGUGUGAAUAAUUUCACUUGCCGCAUAAUUUACCUCACAAAAAUGCCUUGCAAAUUCAAUUUUGUGUAAAUCAUUUCAGAAACAGUUAAACUCCUUCAAUCUCUCUCCUCAGAGCUCCGACCUCCCAGACCUCUAAUCCGCCUCAUGACUCUCCUUUGGACUUUCUUUCGUGCUGCUAUGUCUUUUUUGUAACAUGGGAGACCAAAACCGCACACACAGGACUCCUGAUGAGGCCUCACCAGUGUGUUGUGAAAUAAUUUAAGGAUGACCUCCGCUGGCUUGUACUUCACAAAUCAGGGGCACUAUAUUAUAUUACCCAACAUCCUAACUGCUGCCAUCCAUGGUCUGCGUAUGAAGCAGUCCACGACAGCUGCCAAGAUUCUUCUCGUUCAAUUAAAUCUCUGGUAGUGAUUCAUUUGCAAAUCAAAUAAACAGGUAGACGCUUGCAAAUCAAAUGAAUGAGAAUCCUUAGAAUGAUUUUCGGGUAGAGACUUGCUCGCAAAUCGAAUAAGAAUCGUUAGAUUGAUUCUCAGGCAGUGACUCAGAUAGCGGAUUAUUCACAAAUCAAAUGAACGAGAAUCAUUAGAUUGAUUGUCAGGUAGUGAUUCAUUUGUGGAUCAAAGUAGUGAGAAUUGUUAAGACUGAUUUUUCGGGUAGCAACUUGUUCACGAAUCAAAUGAAUGAGACUCCUUAGACUGAUUUUCGUGCAGAGACUUACUUGCAUUUAAAAUGAAUGAGAAUCAUCAUGAUUCUUCUCGUUCAAUUAAAUCUCUGGUAGUGAUUCAUUUGCAAAUCAAAUAAACAGGUAGACUCUUGCAAAUCAAAUGAAUGAGAAUCCUUAGAAUGAUUUUCAGAUAGAGACUUGCUCACAAAUCAAAUUAGAAUCGUUAGAUUGAUUCUCAGGCAGCGAUUCAUUCGCAAAUCAAAACCAUAAGAACUAUUAGAUCACUUCUCAUGUAGCGAAUUAUUCACAAAUGAAAUGAACGAGAAUUGUGAGAUUGAUUGUCAGGUGGUGAUUCAUUUGUGGAUCAAAGGAGUGAGAAUUGUUAAGACUGAUUUCUCGGGUAGCAAUUUGUUCACAAAUCAAAUGAAUGAGAAUCGUUAAGAUUCUUCUUGUUCAAUUGAAUCUCUGGUAGUGAUUCAUUUGCAAAUGAAAUGAACAGUUAGACGCUUGUAAAUCAAAUGAAUGAGAAUCGUUAGAUUGACUCUCAGGCAGUGACGAUCCUUUUGCAAGUCAAAACAAUGAAAAUUGUUAGACCGAUUCCAGGGUAGCGGAUUAUUCACAACUCUAAUUGAACGAGAAUCAUUAGAUUGAUUAUCAGGUGGUGAUUCAUUUGUGGAUCAAAGGAGUGAGAAUUGUUAAGACUGAUUUCUCGGGUAGCGACUUGUUCCCAAAUCAAAUGAAUGAGACUCCUUAGACUGAUUUUCGGGUAGAGACUUGCUGGCAAUUCAAAUGAAUGAGAAUCCCUAGAUUGAUUCUCAGGCAGUGAUUCAUUCCCAAAUUAAAACAAUUAGAAUUGUUAGAUCGAUUCUCGGGUAGCGGAUUAUUCACAAAUCAAAUCAAUGAGAAUCGUUAGAUUGAUUGACAGGUAGUGAUUCAUUUGUGGAUCAAAUGAGCGAGAACUGUCAGACUGAUUCUCAGGUAGCGGAUUGUUCAUGAAUCAAAUGAAUCAAGAUUCAUAAUUCAGGAAGAUCUUGCGUGUCCGCUUUAAACAUCUGUCAGCAAGAUGAAAGACACCCAUGACAUCACGCAGGAAGGACACACAUGUGCUCUAGCACUCUGAAGCGAUUUGUUUGUGCUCACGGGAUUCACUAAAAGGAGUUGUUCAGAACGAUCGAGUCGUUUGUGAGUCGCCCAUCACUACUUGGUGUUUGGGGAGGUUUUCCUUUUUUGCUGUUGUUAAUUCUUAGUAUUUGCUAACUUUUUGAAUCUUUGGCUUCUGUUUUUGGGAUUCUGAUUUCUGGAUAGUGUUUUUAUUUAGCGUUGCCUUAUUGGCAAAUCCUUUUUUCCCUUUUCUAAUAAAUUUCUCCUCUUACAAAACAACAGGGGUGUCUGAUCCUGACGGACCGCAGUGGCUGCAGGGUUUUCAUUCUCACUCUAUUUUUAAUUUAUGACCUAAUUAACUUCUUUCGUCUUCAUUUGAAUUGACUUCCUAUUACUAACUCAGACCCCUUGUUUCUUUUUUCCUUUAAAGCUGCCAAACAAAAAAGAGAUGCAAAACGGGCCAACGCAUGAGUAGCUCACCUGUGUCCAUCAUACAAUAUCUGCCAAUAAAGAAAGGUGAGGGUGUCUCAGUAACGUCAAUCUGCUCGAGCCCACAAAACCUUUGGGUGGUGGUCUUCGAAAAAAGAAAAUCAAUCAUUUUGGACAUGCCUGGCAAAGGGGAAUUAUAUAAUGAGCUUCUAAUUAGGAAACUCGUUAAGAGUCGAAUUGGUUUUAAUUUGAGAUCCCGACUUAGCUGGUCAUCAGUUGGCUCGCUGACUUCACGCCUCAUUUGUGUUUGACUGCCAUUUAAGGAAAAGAGAAGCGAAUCAGAGGAUUGAAUCGUAAAAAAGCGCAUUCAGAUGAAGAGAAAAGAAAUCAAUUAACAGAAGAAAUGGGUGACUGAUUAACUCUUUCAGGCUGGAUGUCGACUUUCGUCGAAAUUCAGGGGUAGAGGACGGUAGUCAGCUGUAAACUGCGACAAAACUCGCUAUUACGUCUUAGUUCGACUCUUAUUUGUUAGAAGGAAAGUUAGCUUUGUUGAUCUGACCUCGAUUUCCUGUUUGUGCGUGAAUAGUGAAGAACAAACCACCUCUAAAAUCUGGUGAGAGACCAAAGUGAAUACUUGAAGCAAAAUACUCAUUGGACAUUUUACAUAUCGCUGAAUCGGACUCUGACUUGUCGGACUUGCAAUUUUGAUGUAAGUGAUCUGGAGAUGGAGAUCGAAAAUGAAAGUGAUUGGCCCCCUGAUGAUUGUGGUGCUGAACGCGUUCGUGUAGCUGAUGCUCCUACCGCAGCAUUCACCAGGGAGCCACAGCACACAUCAACAGACAUUUUAAGUUGAUUUCUGUGUGAAUCCAUUGCUUUGUGUGUUUUUCAGAAAACUUGAGUUUUUUUGGAAAAACAUAGUCAGUGCUCAAAGAGUUAAUAAAGGGGGGGGCAGUAAGGACAAACCUGAAGGCACUGUGGGACACCCCUGUUUUAUAAAGUGGUCCUGCUGUGCACUAGCCAGGGAUUGAUGGUGACAUCCUUUCCAGUGGAGCGUUUUGUGCCUAUUUUUGGGACAUUCCAGGGUGUAUUUUUGAACUUUUAAGAGUUAAGCACAUUUCAGGCCGGUGUAGGCCAAAGCCUGGCUGGUGCACUUCCCUGGCUAUUUGUGAAGGCCUCACACCUCCCUGGCUGCUUCAGGUGAUUCAGGUGAAUGGAUCACAUUGACACCAUCUCCUCCGUCAGACCCUUUCCUUUAUCCAUCCACCUUCACUUUUCUGUUGCCCUGGACUUCCAC